AUGAACGCCUUCGAGACGAGGCCUCUGGUACUGCAGCAUCGAGCUGUGAACGUCGGCUACACGGAUGGCUUCCGUCGGCGUUCACCAGAUGACUCGAACCGACCUCAUGACCAGCGUCAGUGGCAACCGCGACCAGACUGGAUUUGCGACGAGUGCAAUGUGACCAAUUUCGGUCGACGAACAAGUUGCUUCCAGUGCAAUGCACCCAAAACGGCUCAAACGAAGGAGAUCCCAGUGAAUUCAGUAUUUCGUCAAGAGCAGAUGCGUAAUCGUAAUGAUUCUCAUUAUGGAGGGGAGUCGGCAAACCCUAUGGCAUCUCAAGGUGCUCCACCAAGAGAUGAGAUGGAUACACACAGACGACAUACCGCUGCGUCUCGCGUGCUCGUGGUGCGCAUGCUCCCUCCAGAUAUCGAGGAAGGCGAGCUCCACGUGGCUUUCGCCGAGUUUGACGGCGUACAAGACAUCCGACUUAUUCGAGACCGCACGACGAAUCUGUCGCGAGGGUUUGGCUUCGUCGAGUUCCGCGAUAUUGACGUAUGA